UUGUGCACACUUUCCUUUUGGAGACAUCUCGCCUGACUUACAGUUGGCCUGACUUCGAUGAAUCCUGAGGGGGUACCACUGCAUGGGAGGGGGUAUGAAGGGUAUCCUGCACAGCCUGGAGGACCUGCAGUGGUUAACACCACCACUGUGAACAUAAUCACUGAACCCCCCAAAGACCACAUCAUCUGGUCUCUCUUAUGCUUCGUCUACUCGAACCCCUGCUGUCUUGGACUGGUCGCUCUCAUCCACUCCAUCAAGGCCAGGGAUCGGAAAAUGGUUGGUGACCUGGAGGGUGCUCGACAUUACGGCUCAACCGCCCGAUGCUACAACAUCGCAGCCACCGUUUUGUUUUGUUUGGGGAUCUUGAUUUUCAUAAUUUGUAUAAUUGCUACAUCUGUGGCUACAAGUAAUGCAAUGAGUUACCACCCAAACUAUGGGUACGGCAAGUAAUCUCUUAGCACAGUACUGGAGUCGACUGAUGCUGUGGCCCCAUGCUAUUGUUCCUCUGCCUGAUUCUUAUGCAAACAUUGUGGGGUUUUCAUUGCUUUAUGUUUAUUUCUGUUGAAAGUCUGCAGAGAAUUUAUUCUCUUUAAUUUGCUGCCUGUUUUUUGAAUUGCCUACAGUUGAGACAUUUUUUAUUUUAA